AUGGCAAAUAAUUUUGUGGUGGAUUCCAGUUCUUGUGUGCGGGCUUGUCCUAGUUCCAAAAUGGAGGUUGAAGAAAAUGGGAUCAAAAUGUGUAAACCUUGUACUGACAUCUGUCCCAAAGCAUGUGAUGGCAUUGGCACAGGAACUCUGAUGUCUGCUCAGACUGUGGAUUCCAGCAACAUUGACAAGUUCAUAAACUGUACCAAAAUCAAUGGGAAUUUGAUCUUCCUCGUCACUGGUAUUCAUGGGGAUCCUUACAAUGCAAUUGAAGCUAUGGAUCCUGAGAAACUGAACAUCUUCCGGACAGUAAGAGAGAUAACAGGUUUCUUGAACAUACAGUCUUGGCCCCCAAACAUGACAGAUUUCAGUGUCUUUUCUAACCUGGUCACCAUUGGUGGAAGAGUACUUUAUAGUGGUCUCUCAUUGCUUAUUCUUAAGCAACAAGGCAUCACCUCUUUGCAAUUCCAGUCCUUAAAGGAAAUCAGUGCAGGAAACAUCUAUAUAACUGACAACACCAACCUAUGUUAUUAUCAUACAGUUAAUUGGACCACCCUCUUCAGUACUCUCAACCAAAGAAUAGUAAUUCGUGACAACAGGAAGGCAGAAAACUGUACUGCAGAAGGAAUGGUAUGUAAUCUUCUGUGUUCAAGUGAUGGCUGCUGGGGGCCAGGCCCAGACCAAUGCUUAUCUUGUAAACGUUUCAGCAGGGGACGGACUUGCAUUGAAUCCUGUAACCUCUAUGAUGGUGAAUUUAGAGAGUUUGAGAAUGGUUCCAUCUGUGUGGAAUGUGACUCUCAAUGUGAGAAGAUGGAAGAUGGCAUCUUGACUUGCCAUGGACCGGGACCAGAUAACUGUACUAAGUGUUCUCAUUUUAAGGAUGGUCCAAACUGUGUGGAAAAAUGUCCUGAUGGAUUACAGGGUGCUAAUAGCUUCAUAUUCAAAUAUGCUGACCAGGACCAUGAAUGUCACCCCUGUCACCCAAAUUGCACCCAAGGUGAAGAAAUAUCCCUUUGAUCCAGAGCUUUGACCAACUCCUUCAGAACAAGUGGGGAUGACAGAUGAAACAGAGAAACUUGAGAAAACAGAAAUGUUUAAAAAAAACUGACCUAGACAGAUACAUUAUUUAAAGACCAUUUUAAUUUCAUAUUAUCUUAUAAUCUUGAAUUCUUUUUAAGCAAUAUAUUAAGUUUAAAGAUGUGUAUGUCUCUUUUCUCAUUUAGUUAAUAAAAUUUAUUUUACAAUGACUAUCAGAUUCCCACAUACUUCCUGAAGAGUACAUGUUAAUCCCUUUGGAGAGAAUGAAGACAUAGCCAUACUUAAGCUUUGAUUAGGAAAUUUUCUUGAAUUACAAGUAGGGGCCAAUGAUCAAAAAAGACAAUGAGAAUCCUGACUACAAAACAACUUAUAAGGAAGCAGGGGAAAAAAAGGAAAAAAAAAAGAAUAAAAAACACAAGAAGAAAAUCUGAAGAAAUACUUUCACCCACCUAUUUCCCAUCUAGGAAUGUAAACAAUUUAACCUUUAAAUAAUAUGUAUUUCCCCAUUUACCUUUCUAUGAUUAUCUUGAGUCCUGUAUUUGUAAAUUAAAUUUUCUGUUUAGUUCUGUUUUUUUUUCAAUAGAAUUGAUUGAAAGUCUUUUAUUUCAUUGAAGCUCCAUCACCUCCCCUAAAAGAUGAUGCUGAAUCUUGCUGGAUAGUUACACCCACACUGAAAAAUAACUGCUUAUAGGACAUUUUUUAAAGCAGUGCUUUCCCCCCAGUUCGUUGUAAAACCAACUUAUUCUAGAACUGAGAGACUUUUCCCCCUUAAGCUAUAACACAAAGUCCUUCUCCUGCUGUUAUGGAUACAUUAACUCUGGCAGGUAAGUAUGAGAAUUCAAGAUCUUUGCUAGUUUAAUGACCAACUGGUAAGGAGAUAUUGCAGAAGCUAAGCAACCAACACUACCUAUUGCCAGAGGAAAAGGCAACCAUUUUUAAGUAUUUCAACUAUUUUCUACAGGAUGAGUACCAGCAGCUUAAGCUGUUUUCCUCAGUGGCAGUCCUUAAAAGGUGGGAUACUAAAAACUCUGCCAUCCAAGUUCAGUUCAGCCAACAUACCUUUGUCACUUCAUUGAGUAAUGUAUGCUAGCACAAAGACCCAUGGGGCUAAAAUCAUCACGAAGAAAUAUUUCAUGGAGGAAGCUAAAAAGUGAUAACUGGAUACUAGUUGUGUGUUUUGGAAGGUGCUUUUUCCUGAGUUAAAAUAUUUCAUGAAGAACAACAGGUACCUUUGGAAAGGAA